AUGACAUCGAAAUAUGACGUGGAAAAUGUACCAAUGUUGGAUUUUGACGAACAUCAAAGUGAGUUUUUUUUUUGAAUUUUGAGUGUUUCCCGCUUGUCCGCGAGAAGUACACGGAUUUUUUUUUUGAAUUUUGAGGGUUUCCAGCUUGUCCGAGAGAAGUACACGGAUAUUUUUUAGAAUUUUGAGGGUUUCCCGCUUGUCCGAGAGAAGUACACGGAUAUUUUUUGAAUUUUGAGGGUUUCCCGCUUGUCCGAGAGAAGUACACGGAUUUUUUUUUUAAUUUUGAGGGUUUUCCGCUUGUCCGAGAGAAGUACACGGAUUUUUUUUUGAAUUUUGAGGGCUUCCCGCUUGUCCGCGAGAAGUACACCGAUUUUUCCCCCAAAAAUUUAUAAAUUUUUUGCAGAAACCUGCCGAAGUGCAUCGAUUCUUCGAGUCAUCGACGAUGAAGAUUCAAAACGAGACAGUCUUCGAUCAAUAAUCCAUCAAAGUGCUCGGGAAGGAAAUAUUAGUUCGUUGAGAAAAGAGCUCGCAACAAGGCCGCAUUUGAUAAAUGAAAGGGAUUUGGAUGGGGUAAGCGCCGGCUGGGGGUCGAACCCUGGUCUCGCAAAAGAUUGACAGGCGCGCGUGCAAACCACUUGACCACGCUUAUUUUCCAGAUGACCCCCCUGCACUAUGCUGCAAGAUACGGUAACUUGGAAGCUGUCAAUCUCCUCCUCGAAUACGGCGCUGAUCCGGAUUUCAAGAAUUGCGAAGGUGACACUCCACUUCACAUCGCCUCCAAAUAUAAACACGAACCAUGGUCGGAUAUUUGUAAAAUUGUGGAUGAAUCUGGAAGAACUGUGUUGAAUUCGGAUCGAGAAGCGUAUGAAUUGACACGGUCUAUUAUUAAGUCUCUGGUGGCUGGGAAAGCGUGAGUUGACAUUUUUUAUUGAACAACGUGCUGAACAUUAAAGGAACAUACCGUAUCAAAAACCUGCGUAUCUAACUCUUUCUUCUUGAGUUAGAUGUGCAGGUACCUCUACCGUACUUCAGCAUGCACCUUGAAAAGGCUUUUUUUCUUGAAAAUUAGAAGGUACUUUUGACACAAGUCUAUGUCCCUUUAAAGUACCGUAGUUUCCCUGGGUACCGUACCUACAGCAAUUUAAAGGGACAUCCACUUGCUUCGCUCGAACCGCUUUCGCGGAAUUUUGAUCUACACUCGCGCCAAAGGCGCUCGAGCUACUGUAUGCUCCUUUAAGCGUUAAUAUCCUUCAAGGCAAGAUAUUUAAACUUUUCGCUACAGUAAUUUAAAGGGGCACACUCUGUGUAAUUCGGAAUUUAACUUGCACCCAAGCUCUUAAGCUACUGUAUGCUCCUUUAGGCGUUAAUAUCCUUCAAGGCAAGAUAUUUAAACUUUUCGCUACAGUAAUUUAAAGGGGCACACUCUGUGGAAUUCGUAAUUACACUUGCUCGAAAAGCUCUUGAGAUACGGUAUGCACCUUUAGGCGUUAAUAUCCUUAAAGGCAAGAUAUACUUGUUGCUACAGUAAUUUAAAGGGACACACUUUGUGGAAUUCGGAAUUACACUUGAAUCAAAGUUCUUGAGAUACGGUAUGCUUCUUUAGGCGUUAAUAUCCUUAAAGGCAAGAUAUACUUGUUGCUACAGUAAUUUAAAGGUACAUGAACUUUGCAAAACUUUGAUCUACGUUUGCUCCCAGAGCUUUUGAGGUACUGUAUGCUCCUUUAAGCUUUAAAAUCCUUCAAAUCUCGAUAUUUAAACUUAUUGCUACAGUAAUUUAAAGGGACACACUGUUGAAUUCGGAAUUACACUUGCAUCAAAGUUCUUGAGAUACUGUAUGCUCCUUUAGGCGUUAAUAUCCUUAACGGCAAGAUAUUUAAACGUGUUGCUACAGUAAUUUAAAGGGACGUGAACUUUGCAAAACUUUGGACUACAGAACGCUCGAGGUACUGUAUGCUCCUUUAAGCGCUUAGCUAUCAGUUUAGACUCUCAAUUUCCAACUGGGUCACUUUAGGCAUCAUAAAUUUAGGCCCCAAGUUAAUUUAGGCUCCAGGUCAGUUUAGGCCCCAAGUAAAUUUAGGCCCCAAUUCAGGCACCAGGUCAAAAAAGGUCACAAUUUGGGCCCCAGGUCAAUAUAGGCCUCAUAAAUUUAGGCCACAGUUUUGGCCCCAAAUAAAUUUAAGCUACAUUUUUGGCCCCAGGUCAAUUUAAGGUACAAUUUAGGCCCCAGGUAAAAUUAAGCCCCAUCAAUAAGGCCCCUCAAUUUCCAGCUAGAUACCCGAUUCUAAAAAAUUUCCAAUUUCCAGAGUUCUAAACCCCAUAAAUCAAUAUAAAUUAACACCAUUACAUUACGCUGCAAUGAAAUCGAAUAUUCCUGCGAUCUCCACACUUCUAGAACUCGGCGCUGAUGUUAAUGUAAGUUUCACUUCGGACCCCUUCCAUCGGAAGUUUGGGCCCCGUUUUCCAGGCACAAGAUGUGAAUGAGAUGACACCUCUGCUCCUCGGAUGUGUUCACGGAACUCAAGAAACCAUCGGCAAACUUCUCAAAGCACGAAGUGACAUCUCGAAAAAAGAUCAACGACAAAACACCGUGUUUCAUAUUGUCGCACUACGCGGUGAACCUGAAUAUCUGAAAAUGAUGUUGGAACAUGGCGGAAGUUUGUCGAUGAAGGCGUUGAGUAUGAAAAAUAAUGAGGGAAAAACACCGUUGCGAUUAGCUGUCGAGGGAAAUCAUCCGGAAACUUUGAAGGAGAUUUUGAUUUUGGAGAAGAGGACGUCGACCAAAUGGACAAGGUAAGAUAAAUUUUCUCAAAAAAAAAAAAAAAAAAAAAAAAAAAAAAUUCGGAAAUUUUUUUUUUCAGCAGAGAAUCUGGCUUGAUACAUUUCGCCGCAUCGAAAGGAUAUCUAGAAGUUCUGAAGGAGUUGAUUGAGGCUGGUGGAGAUUCGGAAGAGCGAGAUGAACAUGAUUGGUUGCCUUUGCAUGUGGCAGCCAAGAUGAAUCAGAAGGAGAUUGUUGAAUAUUUGUUGGAGGUGAUUUUUGAAAGGGAAUUUUGUACAUGGAAAGCUUUUAGGACCUCUGGGCCAACUUUUUUGCUCUUAAAAGUUCAUUGCAAAAAUUGGCCUAUAAAAGUUAGUGUAACUCAAUUUUUUCAGAAAAUUUUUUGAUUUUGGAAAAAAAAAUUAAAAAUUUUUUUUCGAAAAAAUAUUUUUUAUUGAUGUACUUUUAGUAAAUCGACUAUGCUGAUCAAUAUCUGAAACUUUAUUUCUCCAAAAAAAAUUUUUGAAAUUGAGUUAUGAUGACUUUUAUGAGCCAAUUUUUGAACUUUUGAGAGCCCAGAACUUGGCUUAGAGGUCCUAAAAAUUGUAGGAUGACCCAAAAAGCUGCCUAAAUUUCAAGCCUUGUGGUUUUCAGGCACCCGCCACACACCAUUUUUAAAAUUUUACUUUCCAGAAAAAAGAUUUUUGAAAAUUUUUUUUAUUCGAAAAAAAUCUUGGACAUUUGAGGGAUUUUCUGCACAUUUCAAACGUUUUUUUUUCAAAAUUUCUCCGAUUUUUAAAAAUCCACGUCAUAAGUAACUCACCUUCAAAGUUGACAUUGUCCAAGUGAAAAAAUAUAUUCUCUGUACUGGUUUUUACUAUUUCAAAAAUCUUCUAGAGCCUUCAGACGCGCAUAGAAUCCUCUAGAGGCUUCUUGACGGUUCUAAGGGCUUCAGGGGUAUUCUGAAGGGUUCUAGAGGCUUCUGAAGGCUUCUAGAGUCUUCUAAGAGAUUCAGAAAAAUUCUGGAGGCUUCUAGAGGCUUCUGAAGGCUUCUAGAGGCUUCUGAAGGCUUCUAGAGUCUUCUAAGAGAUUCAGAAAAAUUCUGGAGGCUUCUAGAGGCUUCUGAAGGCUUCUAGAGGCUUCUGGAGGCUUCUGAAGAGCUUCAAACACCUUCUAAGGGCGUCAGAAAAAUUCUGAAGGCUUCUUGAGGCUUCUAAGGGCUUCAGGGGAACCCUAGAGGCUUCAGGGGAAUUCUAGAGGCUUCUAAGGGCUUCAGAAAAUUUCUAGAGGCUUCUGGAGGCUUCAGAAAAUAUUCUGAAUGCUUCUAGAGGCUUCUGGAGGCUUCAGGGGAAUCCUAGAGGCUUCUUGAGGCUUCAAAAAGCUUCAGAAAAUAAAAAAAUUUCGUUCCAGAAAUCUGACAUCGAUGCAGUGGAUGAUUUCGGAAUGACUCCUCUAAUGUCAGCCGUCUCUCAUAAUUCUCUCGAUGUCGUAAAACUUCUGGUCGAAAGAAAAGCAACAAUUUGGUUGACAGACAAUGAUGAGAGAACUCUCAUUUUCAUUGGCGCCAAAUACAAUGCCCUCGAAUCUGUGCAAUACAUCCUUCAAUAUAUUCGUGAACUCGCCAGUUUCAAUCAAAAAUUGGGAGAAUCCAUUGCCUCGAGGAAAACCCUGCGAAAUGUUGAUAAGGAGGAUGAAGUGACUAUGGUGAAUCAAACUGAUCGAGAUCAGAAUACUGCAAUGCAUAUUGUUGCAUCGAAUGGCUAUUUAGAAAUGAUGAGGGUUAGUAUUUAACAUAUUCUGGGGGCUCAUUCACAAUUUCUGAAGGCUUCUGGAGGCUUCUGGAGGCUUCUAAGGGCUUCAGGGGAAUUCUAGAGGCUUCAGACAAUUUUUUUUUUUUUUAACAUUGAAAUCAUUCAAUUCACGAAAAGUGUAGGUCAAAAUUAGUUUUCCGAGUUUUUCAGCCAAAAAUGAUGACAAAUCAAUAUUUUUCAAGAUUCUGGAGUAAUUUCUGAUUAAAAUAAGCUUCAAGAACCCUAUUUUGCUUUUUCGAAAUAUAAAUUUUUUUAUUUUACGAAAAAUCAGCAAAACCUUCUGGAAAGUGAAUUCCAAGGUCAAUUUUAAUCAGAAAUUACUCCAGAAGCUUAAAAAAUAUCGAUUUGUCAUCAUUUUUGGCUGAAAAACUUUGAAAAACUAAUUUUUAAAUGUUUUUUCUUCGAAUUUUUGUGAAUUCCGAGAGAAGUACACAGAAUGAAGUGUGCGAUAGAGCGAACUUUCUUUCCUAUACUUUUAGGGUUGUAGGGAUUUUCAGCUUAAAAUUAGCCUAAUUAAGAGUUAAAUUGUGCCAAUUUUCAGCUUUUAUAUGAAUAUGGAGCUGUUUUAACAUUGGUGAAUGAAGAUGAGGAGACAGCACUUCAUCGAGCUGCAGCAACUGGCGAAACUGCGGCAGGUUGGGGAAUUUUAUGAAUAAAAAUUUUGAAAGAAGAAAUUUUCAUGAGAAACAUGAAUUAUGAAUUAGUUUUGGAAGAAGAAUAUGAGAUUUUUCAAUUAAUUUGGAAAGAAGAUUGGGGGGAAUUUUUGAGAUUUAGAAAAAUUUUUUUUGAAAAUUUUCUGAAAAAAAGUUAUGACAAAGUUCUCAAAGUAAAAUUUUGAAAAAAAACGGAGCUGUAACUUUUAGAAGUCAAAACGUGAUUUUCUAGGCGCGGCUCCUAGACAAUCGGGUUCUGUAGGCUCGGCUACUUGAGAAGUAGAUUGUCUAGGAUCGGCUGCUUGACAACUAGGUUGUCUAGUCGCGGUUCCUUAUCGGAGUGGAUCUCAAGGCCCCGCAUCUAGUAAGCGUAGUUCUCUAGGCGCUGCUCCUUGAGAAUUAGGUUCUCUAGGCGCUACUACUUGUCAUCUAGAUUGCCUAGGAUCGGCUACUUGACAACUAGGCUCUCAAGGCGCUGCUCCUAUCCAGGCAGGUUCUCUAGGCGCGGCUCCUUUACAAUCAGUAUCUCUAGGCUCGGCUACUUGACACACAUGCUCAAAUUGCGCAAAAAAUCUCUGAAAUUCAAUAUUUAGUCCAAAAAUGUCAUCCCAAAAACCAGUUUUUUGCAGUCCGCCAACUAAUCGAAUGGGAUCAUCGUCUACUUUUACAAAAAGAUGAAAUGGGCAAUAGUGCACUCCAUAUGGCAUCAAGAAAUGGUCAGUUGGCUUUUUUUUUAUUUGCUCAUUUUAAAAGGGUUUCCUACAUGCAUAUCCCUUUUUCUACUACUGUAUGUGUUCUAAAAAGGCAUAUCUUUUUUUUCGUUCGUUUGUCAUUGAAUAAGCAGAUGGGUUUUUGGCUGUGUUGUGUUGACAGAUGGUGCAGGGAAAGGAUACAACCUCCCUGUAUUUACUUUUUGUAUGGUAAUUUGGGUGACAUCUGUUUGAUUGCAAAAAAAAAAUAAAAAAGUUCGCCCGCAUGCGGCAUCGAACCCGCGCUUCGCGAACGAUAGGCCCACGUGCAUACCACUUGGCCGCCCGGGUGUUGUUCUCUCCCGUUGAAAAUGUUGAAUAUAAAAUGGCCCUCGCCAAAAAAAGCGGAAAAAGUUUUCUUUUCCGCCUCUCCAAUUAUUUUCAUCUUUUGCUUGGUCGAUGCGAGGUUUUCAUUAAUUAUUUUCAGAAUUUUUGUUUUUAUUUGCACAAGGUCUCAUAUAUAUAUAUAUAUUUGAAUCUCAUCAGAAUCUCGGAAAUACACACCUGUUUCUUCCGAUUCUAAUCUUGAUGAUAAUAAUCCCAGAGAGCAAUUAUCGGAUUUUUAGCGGGAAAUACAUAGACAAGAAAAAAAAUGAUUGUGUAAUUGGGGCGAAAAUAAUUAUAUAGUUCUUGGAAGAAGAGCAGGUGUGGACUUUCUCUUUUUGAAGAAGAAUUGAGAUUGCGUAAGCCUGAACAACAUUCUGAAUGUCUGGGCAGAAACUUCAGGAUUCAGAAUCUGGAGGAUUCAGGAUUAUUGAAGCUUGCUCUGACCGGGGAACAUCGAGAAUCUAACUCGGAAAUUCGGGAUUCAGGAUCUGGAGCUCUUCAACUUCUUCAGGUUGAGGAUUCAGGAUUAACAAAGAAGCUCUGAUUUCUAAUCUUAGAAACUAUAGAAACUACAGAAGAUUUUGAAAAUUCAGAUUUUUCUUGAAGUUUGAUUCAAACCUAAGAAGCUCUGAUUGUGUUUCCAGAAGUUUCAAGCUCUGAAAUUCAGGGUAAAAAUUUUCCUCUAGAAAAUUCCGAUAUUUUGAGCUUCGAAAACCUUCUGAAAAUCGAUAUCCAGGAAUUCUGCAUUUUUCUCUGAAAUAAGAAAAAAUCCACAUUUUCCAAGUUAUCCUAACUUCCAGAAUGAAAUUUUGAAUGGGGUGAUUCAAGUCGAAAAAAAAUUAAAAAAAAAAUUUUUUUUUAAUUUUUUUUUUAGAAUUUUUUUCAUUUUCGUGUGGAAAAAAGGAAAGAAUAGUUGCUGAAUCGAAAUUUUUUGUCAAAAAAUGUUCAAAAUUUUUUUUUUCGACUUGAAUCACCCCAGAAAGGUCAGAAUUUUCUUGAACUUCUCAGAAGACUUGACCUGAGUCCAGCUGAUUGAAACACUGAUUGGGAUUCCAGAAGUUUAAGGAAGUUCUGAAUUCUUAAUUCCAGGGAAAAUUUGGAUUUUCCUUUUUAAAAGCCGGAAGAGUCUGCAUUGAACUUUGAGGCUAAUCCAAAAUUUUUCAAGUUAUCCCAACUUCCACACCUCUAUAAUAAUUAUAGCCUCAAGAUCUACCGCAUUGUUUUUUCCUCCUCCUUCCAUCCUCCAUCCUCGCUCCACCUACAGUAGUGUUUUAUCGAUUUGCGGCUCUCGCCAGCUUCUUCUUCUUCUUCAGCUUCCCUCUUUCUCUCCCCACAACAUUCUCCACAUUUUCCAUGAUCUCUCUAGAUGGAAAAUGGGCGGAGCCGCGGGCUGCGCGGGGCUCCUCUCACUCACUCACUCAGUCUGCUUCUGAAUUCUUACUAGUAGUACUUGUUGUUGUUUGGCUAUCUAUCUAUCUAUCUAGAUAUAUAUAUUAUAUUCUGUCUACUAACCAUCUUUCCAACAGUUCCUCUUGGCACCUGUCCAUGUCUAAUCCGUUUUUGGUACGCGGGGGACAAGUGUCUCCCCGCCCCUCCGUCAUUUUUUCCCUUUCCUGACCACCUGCUCUUUUUUCAUUCAUUCAUGGUCAUCAUCUGGAUGUUUUCGUCUAUUUUUCUUCUUGAUUUAUUUUUAUUUUUGUCUUCCAACUUGGCCUUCACCCGAGUGACUUUAGUGGAAUUUGCGGAUAGCCCCGACUAAGGCACGCGGUGAAUGCCAAGUUGACCACUGAGUUGGUUGAAAUGUGAGUUUGAUGAGCAAUUUUAUGACUUUAGCGGCCAAAAACCCACAAAUAGUUGGUUAGGGGGUUAACUUUUUGAAAAUAUUUCCUGGAGAGGGGGGUUAACUCAAGGGUCCCCGGAGCGACUUGAUGAGAUCUACAAAGUUCUAGUAUUAAGGGAAGAUCCUUUGUUCCUCUUGCAACCUUGGUUCUUCAUUAAUUCGCCAGAUCUCACAAAGAUCGGGGAACAAUAGGAUUACGUAAUCUUAUUGUUUUCGCCGGUAAUCCAUUGUGAACGCGAAUUUUAAUUAGAAUUCAUUAGGCAGGGAAGAUUUGGGGGGGAUUUACAUGGGGGCUUAUAUCAGAGCUGGAAGCUACUUAAUUUCAGGCUUGGUCACAUCCAAUAAGAUUUUAAUUUUUCAUUAAGCGGAUCUUGACUAAGGGAAGAUCCUUCAGUUCGAAUUUUUUUUGGUUUGGAGAAAACUGGGGAAUCUAGGUUUCAAUUGGAACAUCUGAAAUAAGGUUUUGGAGCUAAAGGCUAAUUUCAGGCUUGGCCAAAAAGAUUUCAAUUUUAAUUAACCGGAUCUUGACUAAGUUAAGAUCCUUCAGUUCGAUUUUUUUUUGGUUUGGAGAAAACUGGGGAAUCUAGGUUUCAAUUGGAACAUCUGAAAUAAGGUUUUGGAGCUAAAGGCUAAUUUCAGGCUUGGCCAAACCCAAUGAGAUUUCAAUUAACCGGAUCUUGACUAAGUUAAGAUCCUUGAGUUCGAAUUUUUCUCUGGUUUGGGGGAAACUUGAACCUGGUAAAUCUACAUUUCAAUCGGAAUUUUUUAGCAAGAUUCUCAAAACUACAAAAUGUGGGAAAAUUUGUUCACAACUGAAUUUUUAAUUAUUCAGGAUUUUAUUUUUUUUGAACCUGGGGAAUCUACGUUUCAAUAGAAACAUAACGUUUUUGGUUCUAAAAAUACAAAUAUUGUUCAAAACUGAAGAUUGAAUGGAAAAUUAUUGAGGAAAUCAAAAAAGUUCCAUAAAUUCUCUGAAAAUUCCAGAGCUCCGAGAAAAUUUCUGAAAAAAAUGAGCUUCGGGAUAAUUUCGAAAAUGUGUUUUUUUGUUCUAGGCAACGAUGUAACGACUCGUGUUCUAUUAGACGCCGGCGCCGACAAAGAAGCCCGCAAUUCGUAUCAUCAAACACCAUUAAUGGUGGCCGUCGAAGCCGGUUUUCUUGAAACCACUCAACAAUUGGUGCAACGAGGAGCAGAUGUUGAAAAUAUGAGCGAUUCAAGGUCUUGAAACGGCUUUUGGGGGUCAUGUAAUGAUUUGUCUUAUUUAGAACCGUUUUGCAUCUGGCAGCUGAAAAGGGACAUGAGACGAUUGCGAGGUUUUUGAUAUCGAGUGGGGCGAGGGUUGAUCGAAGGGAUGAGACUGGAAGAACUGCGUUGGAUGUGGCUUGUGAGAAUAAUAAAAAGUGCGGAAGCUAGAAUUGUAGUUUUUAAACGAUACUCCACGUUUACGGGGUCAUUUUUCAUGAAUUUCAGGUCAAAAAGUGUUUCAAAAUGCAAGCGUAAACGCGGAGCAUCGUUUGAUCAUCAAAAAACCUUUUUUUAUCGCGGUGUAAACGCGGAGUAUAGUAUUUUUCAGCAUUUCAAACGAUACUCCAGGUUUACGCGGUGAUUCUUUAUGAAUUUUUGGCCAAAACAUAUUUCAAAAUGCCAACGUAAACGCGGAGCAUCGUUCGAACAUUAAACGCCUUAGUUUUCCCUUUUUUCUGAGGUGUAAACGCGGAGCAUCGUUUGAACAUUACCCAUCUAUUUUUCCAGCUUUUUUGAGGUGUAAACGCGGAGCAUUGUAGUUUUAGGCAUUUCAAACGAUACUCCACGUUUACGACGUCAUUUUUCAUGAAUUUUUGGGAAAAAUAUUUUCAGAAUGACAGCGUAAACGCGGAGCAUCGUUUGAACACUAAACGUCCAAUUUUUCAACAUUUUUUGAGGUGUAAACGCGGAGCAUUGUAGUUUUAGGCAUUUCAAACAAUACUCCACGUUUACGGGCUUAUUUUUCUCAAAUUUUGGGAAAAAUAUUUUCAGAAUGACAGCGUAAACGCGGAGCAUCGUUUGAACACUAAACGUCCAAUUUUUCAACAUUUUUUGAGGUGUAAACACGGAGCAUCGGAGUUUUUAGCAUUUUAAACGAUACUCCGCGUUUACGGGCUUAUUUUUCUCAAAUUUUGGAUCACAAACAUCAAAAAAAAAUUCAGAAUGACAGUGUAAACGCGGAGUGUUGUUUGAACACUAAACGUCCAAUUUUUCCAUAUUUUUUUCGAGGUGUAAACCCGGAGCAUUGUAGUUUUUAGCAUUUUAAACGAUACUCCGCGUUUACGGGGUCAUUUUUCAUGAAUUUUAGGUCAAAAAAUAAAUUUCAGAGAUGUUUCUCGAGUACUUCUGGAGACCAAUGAAUGGAAAUCCCUGAUGAUUCCAAAUGAUGUGAUUCCAAUCGGAAACCGGGAUAAAAAUGGGGAAAGAAUCACUUCGAAGAAGCGAAAAACACCAUUCAGAACCCUAUUGCUGAAAUUUCCCGAUCUUGCAGUUCUGGUGAUGGAUAAAUGUAUCGAGUUAGUCGAACUCUUCAAUUUUGAUUCUGAAUCUAAAAAUAACGUGCUUUUUCUUUUCAGAAGAAAUAAAGAGGAUGAAGAUGAGACGAUGUGCAUUGCAUAUAACUUCGAAUAUAUCGAUGACACUUAUAUGAUGCCAAAUGAAACAUCGACUGAUUUUGUGGGCAUUUUGUCGCCCUAUAAUAGUGAAUUUAAAUUGGAGAAGGAGGCCGAUGAAUAUGCGUCGAAUUAUGAUGAUAUUUUCAAGAAUCAUCCGCUGAAAUUGAUGGCGAAUGCGGAGAAAUUGUCACUUUUGUCGCAUCCACUAUCAUUAGCGUUAUUGAAGCAUAAGUGGAAUAAAUUGGGACGAUGGGUUUAUUAUUUGGGUGAGGAUUUUGGAAGGGUUUUGGAGGAGUUAGAGGGCUUUUCAGAUAGUAGAGGGCUUUUUAGAUGAAACGGGGCUAUUUAGAUAAUACAGGGUUUCAGGGAAACAUAGAGGGCUUUGCAGAUGAAACAGGGCUAUUUAGAUGAUACAGGGUUUCAAAGAGAAUUACGGACUUCAGAGAAAAUUGAGGGCUUUAGAGAAGUUAGAGGGCUUUUAAGGAGGAGUUAGAGGGCUUCUUAAGAGAGUUAACGGCUUUUAAGAGAAGUUAGAGGGCUUUUUCAGAGAAUUAGGGAUUUUGCAGAAGUCAAGGGUCUUUAGAGAAGUUAGAGGGCUUUUUUAGACAGUACAGGGCUUCAGAGAUAGAGAGAGAGAGAGAAAGAUAGAGGGCUUUUCAGAUGAUGCAGGGCUAAUUAGAUAAUACGGGAUUUAAAAAAGUUAGAGGGCUUUUCAGAAUAUAAGGGGCUUCAGAGAACUUAGAGGGCUUUUUAGAUAAUACAGGUUUUUAGAGAAACUCAGAGGGCUUUUGAAUUAGUACAGGGCUUUUCAGAUAAUACAGGGCUUUAGAGAAGUUAGAGGGCAUUUUAAGGAGAAUUACGGACUUCAGAGAAUUAAGGGCUUUAGAGAAGUUAGAGGGCUUUUAAGACGAAACAGGGCUAGUUAGAUAAUACAGGGUUUUAGAGAAAACAUAAUUUUUAAGAGAACUAAGAAGCUUUAAGGACUUCUGGAAGAAAUUCUCCUUGAAACUUCAUUUAGCCUAACUCUUGCAUAAACCAAAAAAUAGAAUUUCAAUUUUUUGCACUAUUUAAAGUAUAGUUAUGACGUGGCAAAGUACUUUUUGAGUACUGUAAUUUAUUUCAGAGAUUUUUCACUUCAGAAAAAUCAAUAAAGCAGGAUUGAACCCUGCUGAACAAGGCUGUUAAAUCAGAAUUAAAUCAAAUUUGCCACGUCAUAACUAUGCUUUGGGUGGUCCUAGAAUUGACCCAAACAGAACUCAGAACUUUCGAAAAACCGAAAAUUCAAAAAUCCAUAUUUCAGCUCUAACAAUUUACUGUGUAUUCAUUAUCUCUCUAACACAAUAUGUUCGACAUACAAAAGCCCCAUAUAACGUUGAAAAAGCUGAAGGGAACUAUUAUACUCACGAUUUCUUUGAUGACAAUCAAUCAUGCCCAAAUGUCCAAUUAGAAACACCGAAUCCAAUUUGGAAAUCGAUAAUUGUGCUCUUCGCAAUUUCGCAAAUCAUUAAAGAAGUCUUUCAAUUAUACCAAAGAAAAUUGUCGUAUUUAUAUAAUUGGGAAAAUUGGGUGGAAUGUUUCAUUUACUCCACUGCCAUUAUAACGGUCACCGAUUUAUCCGAAUGUUCAGCGACUUCGGGAGUUCGAAAGGUAUUUAGGUUCUGAAAAUCUUAAAAAUCUUCUCCCAAGUAUUCUUUUUAGAAUUGGCAAUGGCUUCUGGCAGCCCUGUGUAUUUUCAUCGGAUGGAUUAAUUUAUUGUUUAUGAUUCGGAAAAUGCCAAGAUUCGGGAUUUAUGUUGUGAUGUUUGUUGAUAUUGUUAAGACGUUUUUCCGAUUUUUCCCGAUUUUUGUGUUGAUUAUUAUCGCCUUCUCCACGUCGUUUUAUGUGAUUUUGCAGAAUCGGGUUGGUUUUGGGGGCGUAAAGGGGGAGUAUCGUUUGAAAAAAUCACUUAUAGUUUUUCUAUCCGAGGUGUAAAUGUGGAGCGUUGUAGUUUUCAAACAAUACUCCAGGUUUACGCGGUGAUUGUUCAUGAAUUUUAAGCCGAAAAAUAUUUCAAAAUGCCAGCGUAAACUCGGAGCAUCGUUUGAACAUUAAACGCCUUAGUUUUCCAUAUUUUUCUGUUGUGUAAAUGUGGAGCAUUGUAGUUUUCAAACAAUACUCCAGGUUUACGGGGUGAUUUUUCUUCAUGAAAAAGAUGUUUGAGGAUUUGAGAGCUUCUGAACAUCUUUGGGAGUUCUGAAUGAAGUUCUACUGAUUUUCUGGGAAUUUUUUUUGGAAGAUCAGAACCUCAGAUUUUGAAAAAUCGAAUUUUUAACCGAAUAAAAAAAAACUCUAGAAAUUUUGGAAUUCGAAAUUCCAAAAAAAAAUCCUUAUCCCGAUCUCAGCAAUCCAAAAACAUAUUUCAGCCCGAAUUCUCCACCAUCUUCGUAUCUCCUCUCAAAACCACCGUAAUGAUGAUCGGCGAAUUCGAAUUCACCGGCAUCUUCCACGGCGACAACGCAACGCACGAGGAAAAAAUGUUCGGCACCGCCCACACCGUCGUCGCCUACACUCUAUUCUUCUUCUUCUGUAUCAUCAUGACGAUUUUGUUGAUGAAUCUGUUGGUUGGUUUAGCGGUUGAUGACAUCAAAGGUGUUCAGGAGAAAGCGGAACUUCGGAGAUUGGCAAUGCAAGUUGAUUUGGUUUUACAAAUCGAGGCGAGCGCGUAUUGGAUUCGGAGACGGAAAAAGUAUGCGACAAAUCGAUAUGCUUCUUAUCCGAAUGGAAAAUUGCAUCGUGGAAGUUGGGCGACGUGUUGGUCGCAUUUUAGAAAACGGUUUGGGUUGAAUACGAUUAAUGAGAGUGAGAAUACGGAAACUUAUGAUGCAGAAUCGGUAAGAGUUAUAUUCGACAUUUUUGUGUCAGCGAGAAAGUGGGCCGCGUGGCCGAGUGGCAUGCACGCGUGUCGAUUAUUCACGAAACCAGAGUUCGAUCCCCACCCGAUGCACUUUUUUUUAUUUUCAUGGAAUCUCUUCGAGAUUUUCUCUGAAACAAGGUUUCCGAGAAUUUUCUUGAGAAAAGUUGAUUUAGGAUAAACAUUUUGGAAAUCUAAAAAAAAUUUCCGAAGUAUUAGAGCCCAAGGUCCAAUUCAGAAGUUUACUCAAAAAGAUCGGCCCUGGCCAGAUUCUUUAUAGGUAGACCGAUUCUGUGGUCACCCUGGUUCACUUCAGAAUUCUCAAAAGCUCAGCUGAGAUUCUUCAGAUCCAAAUUUUACAACCUAAAAUUGAUGGGUUGAUUCAAGUCGAAAAAAAAUAAUGAAAAACUUUUUUUUAGAAAAAAAUUUCGAUUCAGCAAAUGUCAAAAAACUAUAUUUUUUCCUAUUUUUUUUUACAUUUCCUGAAUCGAAAUUUUUUGUCAAGAAAUGUUUCUUUAUUAUUUUUCUUUCCACUUGAAUCACCCCAUAAUUUGUGAAAAAUAUCCCAAAUUCCUUGAGAACCGAACUUUUGAGAAGCCUCCUCUCACAUUCUCAAUUCCUCCAACCUUCCAGGAACUAACAUCCGAACUCCGCUCAAGUAUGCAAGUUCAACGAAACGCUCUUCAAACCCUCCAAUCAAAUGUCGAUGUAAUGUACGAGAAACAAAUUCGACUCGAAGCAAUGAUCAAAACCCUUGCCAAAGGUUUGAAUAUCAAUAUGGAAUUGGAGGAAAAAGAUUGA